UCUCUUGUGGACGAGACCCGCGGAAAAGCAUCCAUUCUGCCAACUGUAAGCGCUCCGGAGAGAUUAAGGAAGAAGGGGAUGCGAUCCGAGCCGAGAGAGAGAGAAAGAAGCUCGGGGACUGAGGCUUUUUAAACCCGGCGCAGCAUCACCUCACCCUCAUCCCUUUUCUCCUGGAUCUGAUCAGAGAAGAGAACAAAAUCAGCUUUUGCAAACCGCUUUUCUAAAAAGGUUUUACUGGUGCUACUGUUAAACCAGCCAUGAACCCGAACGCAUCAGAGCUGCCCUGGGAUGAGUCCUCAGGCCUGGAACCGUUCUUCCCGCUGGACCCGCAGGAAAGCUUCUCUCCACCUGAAGCCCCACCACUCACCGUCUGGGGCGUGGCCCUCUGUGUUUCAGGGACCCUCAUUGCCACUGAGAACGCCAUUGUGGUGACCACCAUCUUGGCCACCCCGUCUCUCCGUGCCCCGGUCUUCCUGCUGCUGGCCAGCCUCGGCCUGGCCGACCUCCUGGCAGGCGUGGCGCUCAUCCUGCACUUCCUCUUCCGGUACUGCGUGAAGCCCAAUGAUUGGUCCGAGCUGCUGACCUCGGGGCUGCUGGUGACCUCUCUGACCACCUCCCUUUGCAGCCUCAUGGGCGUUGCCCUGGAUAGAUACCUGUCUUUGAGCCACGCCCUCACCUAUGGCUCUGGCCAGUCGCGCCGCAGAGCCGCCACCCUCCUCCUGCUGGUCUGGUUGGGUGCUUGUGUCAUUGGCGCAGGACCUGCUAUGGGAUGGCACUGCCUUGAGGAUCCAAACUCCUGUUCCGUAGCACGACCCCUGACCCGAACCUAUCUAUCGCUGCUAUGUGGUGGCUUCCUGAUGGUUGUAAUUGUAACUCUGCAGCUGUACGCAGGGAUCUGCCGCGUUGCAAGGCGGCACGCCCACGCCAUCGCAACCCAGAGGCACUUCCUGCCCACCAACCAGCCAUAUCCAAGCAGACACAGCAGUGGGAAGGGUUUCUCUCGCCUGAUCCUGGUCCUGAGUGUGUUUGUGGGUUGCUGGAUGCCCUUUUCCCUCUGGGGGCUGCUUGGAGACGCGUCCAGCCCUCCCCUGUACACCUAUGCCACUUUGGUGCCAGCGGCUGGCAGCUCCUUGCUCAACCCCAUCCUCUACAGCCUGAGAAACAAAGACAUUCGCAAGGUGCUGCUCCACGCCUGCUGCCCACACAGAUUCUCGCACAGCACGCAGACUCAUUACCCCGUCGACGUGUAAAAUCAGUCCAAGCUGCACUCAAUCUAUGCCAGACAUAUCAUUGUGUAUGUGCCACAACACCCAGAAUCUGCACUCAGUGUCGUACACGUCCGAAAGAGAGAAGAACCCUUCUCUCCCCCACUGAGAAAAAAAAAAACACUCCAACACCCCGAGGCAGCAUGUUGUUUCCAAACUAAAGUCCUCCAAAUCAGAAUGUACUGAACUGUCCUGGCCCGCAGCCAGCCUUGGACUAAACGUACUGUCCGGUGUAUACUUUGUGCCUCAGACAACUGUAGCUCCACUGGAUCUCCAGAAUCAAACAAUCACAGGAACGCUACAUGUUUGGAUUGAACGAGUGUGAGCACUUUAAGAGGAGGGGAAGCGCUGGGUUUUUACCACCUGACAGUGUGAAAACAUGUGAUCCAAAGCCCAGUUUUGAUUACUUGAAAUGUGUGAAAAAAACAAGUUGAAAUAUAUAUUUUGCACAUGCUGACAAAAGCACUUUGAGAUGUA